AUGAGCAUUGUGGGAAGACAAGUUGCGGGGUUGACGUCAAUAUCGAUGCUUGGAAUCCGUAGUAUUAACUCCGGGUUCCGUUUGGGCCGUCCAUGUAUUCAUACCUUGAGUUAUGGGAGUGUAAGUAUUAUUAGACCAGUAAGUGUGAAAAGCUUGCAAGGUACCAGACAAAUAUCAUCUAAGCCAUCAAGAUUGAGCCAGAUUUCGAACAAAUGGAAGCUCAAAACACCUCCACCUGGGGGUGUAACGGGGGAUGUAAAUACGGCUUUGAAACCUCCGGAACCGGAUUAUUUCCAUGGGUCUUACCAUUGGGAUUAUGAACGUAUUAGUGCCAUUUCGCUAAUUCCGUUGGCCGUAGUGCCUGUUUGGAGUGCAUUUGCAGGUGGAGUCCCACAUCCUAUUUUGGACGCGACUUUGAGCAGUAUGUUGAUCAUACACGUUCAACAAGGUUUGACAAGCUGUAUAAUAGAUUACAUCCCAAUGCGGAAAUUUGGACCUUGGCAUAAGCUCGCCAUGUUGGGACUUUAUACUGGAUCUGCUCUUGGGAUUUAUGGUAUUUACGUUUUGGAAACGGAAAAUAAUGGCCUGAUAGAUCUGAUUGGAAGGCUUUGGAAACCAGAUGAGUCCAACUUGUAUAUAUUUGGUACGCCGUGA